AUGGCUGCAUUCAACGGAGCGGCCAAGGUGAUGGAUCACACCAAGGCCCUUGAUGCUCUCAAGGAGUACGAGUCCUUGGACGGACUUGGCCUCCCCGAGCUCAUGGAUACCGCCAAGCACGGCGGCCUGACGUACAACGACUUCCUCCUCCUGCCCGGAUACAUUGGCUUCCCCGCGUCGGAGGUGGCCCUCGACUCCCCCGUGACGAAGCGCAUCACGCUCAAGACGCCCUUCGUCUCGUCACCCAUGGACACGGUCACGGAGCAGGACAUGGCCAUCCACAUGGCCCUCCAGGGCGGCCUGGGCGUCAUCCACCACAACUGCUCGCCCGACGACCAGGCCGACAUGGUGCGCAAGGUCAAGAGGUACGAGAACGGCUUCAUCGUCGAACCCGUCGUCAUCGGUCGCGACGUCACGGUUGCCGAUGCCAGGGCUCUCAAGGAGAAGUGGGGAUUUGGAGGGUUCCCCGUUACUGAGGACGGCAAGCUCGGUUCCAAGCUUCUGGGUAUCGUCACGUACCGCGACAUCCAGUUCGUCGAUGACCUGUCGGUGCCUAUCUCCAAGGUCAUGGUGACGGACCUCGUGACGGCGUCGGACGGCGUCACGCUGGUCGAGGCCAACCGGCUGCUGGCCCAGUCCAGGAAGGGCAAGCUGCCGAUCGUCGACAAGGACUUCAAUCUGGUGUCCAUGAUCUCCCGCUCCGACCUGACAAAGAACCAGCACUUUCCGCUGGCGUCGAAGCUGCCAGACAGCAAGCAGCUCAUCUGCGCCGCUGCCAUCGGCACCCGCCCCGAGGACAAGGAGCGUCUGCGCAAGCUGGUCGAUGCCGGGCUCGACAUUGUCGUCCUCGACAGCUCCCAGGGCAACAGCAUGUACCAGAUCGAUAUGGUCCGGUACAUCAAGGCUGAGUACCCCGGCCUCGACGUGAUCGGCGGCAACGUGGUGACGCGCGAGCAGGCGGCGUCCCUGAUCGCCGCCGGCGUCGACGGACUCCGCAUCGGCAUGGGCUCCGGCUCGGCCUGCAUCACCCAAGAGGUCAUGGCCGUGGGCCGCCCCCAGGCCGCCGCCGUCUACAGCGUCAGCUCCUUCGCCGCCCGCUUCGGCGUCCCCUGCAUCGCCGACGGUGGCAUCCAGAACGUCGGUCACAUCGUCAAGGGCCUCGCCCUUGGCGCCUCCACCAUCAUGAUGGGCGGUCUGCUGGCCGGCACCACCGAGUCCCCCGGAACCUCUUUCGUCUCGCGCGAGGGCAAGCUCGUCAAGGCCUACCGCGGCAUGGGCAGCAUCGACGCCAUGCAGGACAAGAAGGCCGGCGGUGGCAAGAAGGACAGCCAGGCCAGCAACGCCGGCACCGCCCGCUACUUUUCCGAGGGUGACAGCGUCCUGGUCGCCCAGGGUGUCUCGGGUGCCGUGGCUCACAGGGGUUCCAUCAACAAGUUCGUCCCCUACCUGGCCGCCGGUCUCAAGCACUCCCUUCAGGAUUGCGGCAUGACCAGCCUGCAACUCCUGCAUGAGAGCGCGGCCAACUCCACCCUCCGCUUCGAGCUGCGUACCUCUUCCGCCCAGAUGGAGGGUAACGUCAACAUGGAGUCUUACGAGAAGAAGCUCUACGCCUGA